UCUGUCGUUAGACACGCCCCCUGCUCCUGGACACGCCCACAAAAACUUCAACGUUUUUUUGCCGAGAUUCUUCUCCCAUAUAUUGAUCCUCCAUCAUGGAGGCGCUCGGGGGAUACCCCAGCAAGUCUUCUGCUUCACGAGCAGGACUGUUCAAAGUCUUGCUGAGUGUGGCUUUGUGCAUGGGCUCGCUGUAUCUCCUGCAGAACAAACUGUCAAAGUCGCGAAAAACCAAAGAUUUCUACUCGUAUGAGGUGAAGGACGCGAGAGGCAGGACCGUCUCACUGGAGAAAUACCGAGGGAAAGUCUCUCUGGUUGUAAACGUGGCGAGUGGAAGCGAGUUAACGGAGCAGAGUUACCGGGCUCUGCAGGAGCUGCACAGAGAGCUCGGCACGUCGCAUUUUAACGUGCUCGCGUUUCCCUGCUCGCAGUACGGGGACACUGAAUCAGGUACUAGCCGAGAAAUUGAAGCGUUUGCCAAAUCCAACUAUGGCGUGACGUUCCCCAUCUUCAACAAGAUCAAAAUAAUGGGGUCUGAGGCGGAGCCCGCAUUCAGAUUCCUCACAGAUUCUGUACAGAAGAUUCCCAAAUGGAACUUCUGGAAGUUUCUUGUGAGUCCUGAGGGCCAAGUGGUGCGUUUCUGGAAGCCAGAGGAACCUGUAAGUGACAUCCGGAAAGAAGCCACAACGCUUGUCAGGAAUAUCAUAUUGAAGAAGCGACAGGAACUAUGAUGUGAACAAAUCCCCUCAGAGACUCGAGAAUGAUUCAUUGUGCACGUUUAAGUGCAUGAAGAUCCUUGUUAUGUUGGUUAAUGUCUGGGAGAAGAUGUGUCAGUUAACACCUGACUUUGUAUGCUUGUGUGUUAAGCCCUGCUCGCACUGCGAUUUCAGCGAUGAUUUGGUUGUCUGAGACACAUACGAGAAAUCCUAGGCCAAAAUCGGUGGUCUUUGAUUGUUGGUUUGACAUGUUCGACGAUCAAAUUUUCACUCGGAUGAAGUUUAGGCAUUGUCAGAAGACUUCAGACACUUUCCUGCAGAGUGAUGACUUACAUUAAACCAAGAACUAAUAGGAGCACUAAAUAUGAUGUCAAAGCAUCAAAAUGACAAACCAGCAUGGCAAAAUGUCAAAACAUUAAACAUUUUUUUAAUUCUGUUUGUUCUUUUAUUAGCAAGAUUACCUCUACAGUUUGUUUGUUUGCUGUAUGGUAUUAUUUCAGAACACAUAAUAGUGAAUGUGUCAUGGCAUCAAACUCCCGGGGAGUUUUCUUGCGUGUCUCUGUUUGGCGCAUCUUGAUUGUUUUUCAGUCUGACCCUAUGAAAGCUGAAAUCUAACGGUGAGACAAUGGAGUCUUAUUAAUGCAACCUGAUGUGCUACAAUUGUUUAUGAUUAGGAUUAGAACCACAGUGUGAGCCGGGCUUUUGGUGAACACUUGUAUAAUUUUGAGAAACAAAACAUCUUUAAUAUCUUUUUACAAACCUGAAUGUGAUCAAGAUGAAGAAUUUAAUAUAUGAAAAGGUUUUAAAUCACUUUUUUUUCAUCUGACAUGAAAACCUCAGCAAUAAAAUCUGCAAUUUUGUAAUUGUA